UAGGGAGGCCCCCUCUUGUUCUUUCCUCCAUCGCCAAGCUUAAACACUUUUUAUUAAUAUAUAUCUAUCUCUGCUCAUUUCCUGUGCAUGAAAAUCUCCCAGCCGGCCUCUGAUUCUCUCUCACGCCACGCCGGCCCCCCCUCCUUUCUUCUUCUUCAACCGCCAUAUAUGACUCCUCAUUUUCUUCACGGCCACAAUUACUAGUACUAGUACUACUACUAAUUCUCCCAAAAUCCCCACUCCCAAUUCACUCACUCACUCACUCACGUAAAACAAACGCAAUGCUAGAUCUCAACCUCAACUUCUACACUCCCGAAAUGGAGACCUCCGCCGCGAGCAGCUUCAACGACUCCUCCAACGACUCCUCCUCCUCCGCCACCCUCAACUUCCUCGACCUCCAAAACGACGUCGCCGCCCCCCCUUACGACGACGCCGAUCAUCAUGACUACUUCGACGGCCGCACCAUCCAGCUCUUCCCUCCUCAACCCCAGCCGCCCCUACGGUCCUCGACGACCAAGCAGUGGCUGGGGCUCUCCUCCGGCGGAGCACCGCAGCGUUACUCUGCUCCUCCUCCUCCUCCGCCGCUCGCGGAGCAGAGGAUCGUGCCUCUCCCGGAGAAGGUCAAGAAGAGCCGCCGGGGACCGAGGUCCCGGAGCUCGCAGUAUCGCGGCGUCACGUUUUAUCGGAGGACCGGGAGAUGGGAAUCGCAUAUUUGGGAUAAUGGGAAGCAGGUGUACUUGGGUGGAUUUGACACUGCGCAUUCUGCAGCUAGGGCUUAUGAUCGAGCUGCGAUAAAGUUCCGUGGAACUGAGGCUGAUAUUAAUUUCAACGUUAGUGAUUAUGAUGAGGAUAUUAAGCAGAUGAGUAAAUUUACAAAGGAAGAGUUUGUGCAUAUCCUGCGUCGCCAGAGCACCGGAUUCGCCAGAGGAAGCUCGAAAUACAGGGGAGUCACGCUGCACAAAUGUGGCCGCUGGGAAGCUCGUAUGGGCCAGUUGCUGGGCAAGAAGUAUAUAUACCUUGGCCUAUUUGAUAGCGAGAUUGAAGCUGCAAGAGCAUAUGACCAGGCUGCCAUCAAAUGCCAUGGAAGGGAAGCGGUCACCAACUUUAAUCCAAGCUUAUAUGAUGGGGAGAUAAUGGCUGAGGCCAACAAUGCAGGCAUCGAUGAUAGUCUUGAUCUAAACUUGGGAAUUGCUCCCCCCUUGGCUUCUGACUGUCCGAAUGAGAACAUCAACUUGAGCAGCUUUCCUUUUCAGCUAGGCUGCAAUGACAAUCCUGUUAACAUGACAGCAAGGAAUGAGAAUUCUGUUCCAGGACUUCCAGCAACUAUGAGGACUCAACUGCCUCAUGGCUCAAUGGUGGCAUCUACAGAGCCUCCUCUAAUGAACAGCAUGAACUCCAACUUCUUUCCCAUCCAUAUGGAAAGAGCAAUGGAGAAGAGUAUGGAUGCUAACUCCUUCCCUAACUGGGCAUGGCAAAUGCAAGUCCUUAAUGAUGGAGCAACUCCAGUGCCACUCUUCUCUGCGGCAGCAUCAUCAGGAUUCCCUUCUUCAACAACAGAAUCAUCAGCUCCGAUCCCUCCACUUCAUUUUCCCAACACAUCAUUUCUCCAGCGCCACUUUUCACCAUCGUUCACCAACAAAACACCCCAUUUCUAUUGCAGGAGCUGAAGAAACCAGUACCAGGUAGGAUUUAACCACGGUAAUACUUUUACAGGAUGUCGACUCCCUGGGUAGAGGAUUAAUGAAAUUUAUUCUCUCAUGAUGUAAAGCUUAUGAAAACUUUGAGGCAACUUAAGCUAAUGGUAUGGGAGAACUUCAUGUAGUUUUUGCCUUGUUUGAGGUGCUGAAGCGCUGAGCUUCCAUGGUAGUUUGGAGCCCUAUUUCUGAUUCCCGGAUUGGCU